UAACAUGAGAGUUUCGCGGGGCCAGUCAUGAGCGUCAUGGGGGCGUUGAGGUCUUGAGGCCUGAUGGUCUGUGGUGAACAGGUUGAAUUUGCAUGGUUUACAAAUGCGUAGUGAAUACUGUUAUGCAGUUCCGAGAUAUAAAUCUGUAGAUUAUGUUUACCGUUUGUAGGAUGUAACUCUGUGCAGUCCGGUAGCUUCUUAACGACGUUUGGAAGCAAGAGGUUCGCUCGAAAUGAGUGAACCAACUGUACUCGAAAUUUCAGCAACAGUCUCUCAGACUGCACAGUGGUUAAUAAGAUACCAAGAUUCAUAGUCUCUGAUGUGAGAACAAAGAAAUCAACAAUAAUAUGUGUUUGUACACAAUCAUUAGUAUGUUUUCUUACAGACUUGGACAAAUAUUUGCGUCUAGGAAUGGUAAUAAUUCUGCUACACAGAGCUGAACAGAUAUUUCCUGCUGUGAGAGAGAGAAUGAACUGUACAAAUUCAGAGAAUGUUUUAGUGGGUCCAUGUGGUGAGACAUACCCAGCAAGUCAUGAUGCAAACCAGGCCAUGAAUAUAAAAGCUGAGGAAGUCACAGACUCAGAAGAGGAAGUGGAUCCUUUGAAAAUAACAGUUCAGGAAAUAAAGGCUGAACCUGAGAGCUAUACAAAUUCAGAAAACGUUUUAGAGGGUCCAUAUGGUGAGACAUACCCAGCAUCUCAUGGUGCAGAUGAGGCCGUGAACGUAAAAGCUGAGGCAGUCUCAGAUGCAGAAGAGGCAGCGAAUUCUGUCCCAAUAACAUUGCCAGAAAUAAAGCCUGAACCUGAGAGCACUUCUGAUGAACUUCAACCUGUACAUGGUGAGGACCGACGAUAUUCCUGUGUUGAGUGUGGUGUUUCAUUCAGUCAAGAGCGAAUUCUGGUAGCACAUCAACUCAUACGCAGUUGUGAGCACCCAUUUUAUUGCAAUAUAUGUACUAAGUCAUUCAGUUGUCAGAGCCAUCUGAAGGCACAUCACCUCAUACUUACUGGGGAGCAGCCAUUUACAUGUGAUGUAUGUAAUAAGUCAUUCAGUGAUCAGAGUACGCUGAAGGCACAUCAGCGUAUACAUACUGGGGAGCAGCCAUUUAGAUGUGAUGUAUGCAGUAAAUCAUUCCGUGCUCAGAGUAACCUGAAGAUACAUCAGCGCAUACAUAGUGGGGAGCGGCCAUUUAGAUGUGAUGUGUGUGGUAAGUCAUUCGGUGAUCAGAGUACACUGAAGAGACAUCAGCGCAUACAUACUGGGGAGCGGCCAUUCUUCUGUGAUGUGUGUAAUAAGUCAUUCAGAGAUCAGAGUACGCUGAAGGCACAUCAGCGUAUGCAUACUGGGGAGCGGCCAUUUAGAUGUGAUGUAUGCAGUAAGUCAUUCCGUGUCCAGAGUAACGUGAAGGUACAUCAGCGCAUACAUAGUGGGGAGCGGCCAUUUAGAUGUAAUGUGUGUGGUAAGUCAUUCCGUGAUCAGAGUACACUGAACAGACAUCAGCGCAUACAUACUGGGGACCGGCCAUUCUGCUGUGAUGUGUGUAAUAAGUCAUUCAGUAAUCAGAGUACCCUAACAGAGUGCCUCGUGAUGGCUCAGAAAGGAGAACUGGAAGCCCUUCAGGCUCAGAUAAAGGCUCUAAGAGAAGAACUGGAGACCCUUAGGAGAAGGGAGGCGCCGCAAGAUCGCGUGGGAGGCGGGGAAUCACCCCAACGGCCAGGUCCGAGGAGGAGUCGCGGAACGACCAAACGGGCCGUUAGGUGUUUUCGAUGCGCGGAAAUGGGUCGGUACGCGAGUGACUGCUGCCAGGAUCCUGAUCCUGCUUUUCCCGGCUGGAGGUACUGGGAUGAUCAACGGCGUAAUUGGGGAACCGGCCCCUCCAGGGAGUCGCAGAUCGCCCCAGGAGAUAUGGAUGGGAAAGGCCCCAGGGGGCUAUGUCCAAGAACGUCAGUAUGGCCAUGGGUCCCCUCUGGUGAGAUACGCCCCUUCGUCAUUUAG